AUGACACCAGAGCAGUUGAAAGCAGCAGUUGCAGACAUCGUGCCAUCUCUGUCAGCUGACAAGUCCAAGGGUCAGGCUGGCAAGAUCGCCACGAUAGGCGGCUGCCGUGAGUACACUGGAGCCCCCUUCUUUGCAUCGUAUUCUGCCCUGAAGGUGGGCUCAGACCUAUCACAUGUGUUUUGCACGGAAGGGGCAGCGACGGUCAUCAAGUCUUACAGCCCAGAGCUGAUCGUUCACCCGUACCUCGCAGACUCCCACGAUCUUCCGCAGGAGGCAAGCAGCAGCGGACGGAAGAGGGAAGAAGCGGUGGAUGAGGCGGUGGGCGCCAUAGAGCACUGGCUGGAGCGGUUUGAUGUGGUCGUUGUGGGGCCUGGCCUCGGCCGAGAUGAGCUUGUCCAUGACACAGUUGUCAAGGUGUUUCAGCUGAUGCGAGACAAGCAGCUGCCGAUGGUGAUUGACGCGGACGGCCUGUACAUAGUCACCAAGAACCUGGGCCUGGUGAAGGGCUACCCCCACGCCAUCCUCACCCCCAACAAGAACGAGUACCAGCGCCUGGCAGACGCCCUCGGCGUAGACACAGAACAGGAGGGGCACCUAGAGAAGAUUGCCAGGGCACUGGAGGGGCCAACAGUGGUGCGAAAGGGCGCUGUGGAUGAGAUCUGCAAUGGCACCAGCACGUUGCACUGCGAUGCUGCUGGCUCCAAGCGACGCGCUGGCGGCCAGGGGGACGUGUUAUCAGGGUCCAUAGCAGCAUUCAUGUCAUGGGCGGUCAACUACGGCGAGACACAUGGGCUGAUGGAGGCUGCAGACUAUCCUGGGGGCUUGGCCCCGACUGUGCUGGCUGCCUACGGUGGCUGCCUGACAGCGAGGCAUGCAGCAGCAGGGGCGUAUGCAAAGAAGCGCCGGUCCAUGGUGGCAGGGGAUGUCAUUGAGGAGCUGGGUGACACUGUGGAUCGCCUGUUUGACCAAGGGAAUGCCUAG